AUGGCCUGCAUCCUACAAGCUCUGGCUCCUGCCAGCUGGCUCAGUCAAUACAGUGACCUUCUCUGUGUUCCAGAGUGCUGCCCGCCGUGGAGGGGCGACGGGAGUCCCUGCGGCCAGCACUCGGGCCGGGGCUCCUGCCAGGACAUAGUUCUGUCCCAUGCGCCCCUGGGCCCUCAGUUUCCCUUCUCCGGGGUGGACGACCGGGAGUCUUGGCCCUCUGUCUUCUAUAACAGGAGCUGCCAGUGUUUCGGCAAUUUCAUGGGGUUCGACUGUGGAAACUGCAAGUUUGGCUUUGGGGGACCAAACUGCACAGAGGAGCGGCUCUUGGUCAGAAGAAACAUCUUCGAUCUGAGCGUUCCAGAGAGGAACAAAUUUCUCGCCUACCUCACCUUAGCAAAGCAUACUACCAGCCCAGACUACGUCAUCCCCACAGGCACCUCCAGCCAAAUGAAUAACGGAUCGACACCCAUGUUUAAAGACAUCAACAUUUAUGACCUCUUUGUGUGGACUCAUUACUAUGUGUCCAGGGACACACUGCUUGGGGGGUCUGGAGUCUGGAGGAACAUUGAUUUUGCUCACGAAGCACCAGGUUUCCUGCCUUGGCAUAGACUCUUCUUGCUGCUGUGGGAACAAGAAAUCCAGAAGCUGACAGGGGAUGAGAACUUCACUAUUCCAUACUGGGACUGGCGAGACGCUGAAAACUGUGACAUUUGCACAGAUGAGUACCUGGGAGGGCGCCACCCCGCCCACCCUGACCUCCUCAGCCCGGCAUCCUUCUUCUCCUCUUGGCAGGAAAACAAAUUACUUGACCUCCUUAGGCCCCCUUUUCCAAGUUUACAUGAUGGAGAUGAUGAAGGAUUUGCUAGUCCACUUACUGGGAUAGCAGAUGCCUCUCAAAGCAGUAUGCACAAUGCCCUGCACAUCUAUAUGAAUGGAACGAUGUCUCAGGUACAGGGUUCUGCCAACGAUCCCAUUUUUCUUCUUCACCAUGUAUUUGUUGACAGUAUUUUUGAACAGUGGCUUCGAAGGCACCGUCCUCUUCAAGAAGUUUACCCAGAGGCCAAUGCACCCAUUGGACAUAACCGUGACUCCUACAUGGUUCCUUUUAUACCUCUCUAUAGAAACGGUGAUUUCUUUAUUUCAUCCAGAGAUCUGGGCUAUGACUAUAGCUACCUCCAAGAUUCAGAACCGGACUUCUUCCAAGACUACAUUAAGCCCUACUUAGAACAAGCAAGCCACCUCUGGCCGUGGCUCACUGGGGCGGCUGUGGUAGGCGCUGUCCUCACUGUCGUGCUGGGAGGCCUCAGGAGCCUGUUAUGCCGUUGCAAGAGAAAGCAGCUCCCUGAAGAAAAGCAGCCACUGCUCAUGGAAAAGGGGGAUCACCACAACUUGUUGUAUCAGAGCCAUUUAUAAAUGGCUUAGGCAAUAGCGAAGGGCCAAAAAGCUGAUCUCACUCUAACUCAACUGAUGUCUAGGUCCACAGGGGAUGUCCCAGCAGAAACCCCUGGUAUUUGUCUGUGAAGACCAUUAUCAGAAUUGUAACCUAAUACAAUGCAUGCCCUUCCAACUCAGGUAGGACACACCUGUGCUUGCCUUACUGUUUUUGGCCCAUCCCUUUGACAGCUUUUCUCAAGCACACAGUUCCAAAGAAAGGAUGCCAUUUGGGAAUAAGUAACUGUGAUUUGUAUCAGAAUGAAGGUGCUCUUACAAAAUGUGCGAAUAAUUUUGAUCUUUUCCUCCUGAUAACGGCAUAUUCUUUUUUAUUGUUCCCUUUUUUGAUCUUAAUAAACA